UUUUGCAUAACAAAGAUGAGGUUGAUUUCUUUGGUGGAUCUUGGCUCUGAUGAAUCUGGAGGAAUUCCUUACAGUCUUAUCAGAGAUACACUUCGGAUUACUGAUGAGGAAGUCGAACUUUGGGUGGUCAAAGCGAUAACUGCUAAGUUAAUGGACUGUAAAAUGGACCAGAUGAAUCAAGUGGUGAUUGUGAGCCGCUGUACUGAGAGAGUAUUUGGGCAGCAACAAUGGCUUACACUUAGAUCAAAGUUAGCAACUUGGAGGGGUAAUGUUGCAAAUGUUAUCAGCACAAUUCGAGCUAACAGGAUAGCUGAAGAUGGCUCGCAGGCAGUGCAAGGCUGACUUAUGAAAGCUUGAAGUAGUAUUUAUGA